AUGGGUGAUGGCAGCGAAUGGAUCGAUGCAAUCUUCCAGUUCUUUCAGGAGGGCAACCAGCUGAGCGCCAAGCGCCUGGGGGACGCCAUGCGGAAGGCCGGCAUGAACCCCACGGAGCCGGAGGUGGCAGAGGUCGCGGGUCGCUUUGGCAACCCCCCGAGCCUCGACUUGACGGCCUUCCGGCAAGCCAUGCAGGAGGCUGCUGCUCAGUGGAGUGGACGGGACCAGGCUCAGGAGCUGCUGAGCAGUUUCCAGGUCUUCGACCCAUCCAAGAGCGGGCGACUGCCUGUACCGAAGAUCCUGGAGAUCAUGCGCAUGGGAGGUUCACAGUUCAGCUUGCUGGUGCGAUAG